AUGGAAACAAGAAAUCAAACAGGAGUCACAAACUUCCUCCUCCUGGGAUUCACAGAUAACCCUGGCCUUCAGUCCCUCCUCUUUGGGCUGCUCCUGCACUUGUACCUGAUCACCAUCACAGGGAACCUGUUCAUCAUCCUGGCUGUCAUCUCAGACUCCCACCUCCACACCCCCAUGUACUUCUUCCUCUCCAACCUGUCCUUUGCUGACAUCAGUUUCACCUCCACCACCGUCCCCAAAACACUAGUGAACAUCCAGACUCAGAACAAAGCCAUCACCUUUGCAGGCUGCGUCACACAAAUAUUUUUCUUCAUUAUGUUUGGGUGCCUGGACAAUUUAUUACUGACAGUGAUGGCCUAUGACCGCUUUGUGGCCAUCUGUCACCCACUGCACUACGUGGUCAUCAUGACCCCACGGUUCUGCGGGCUGAUGGCUUUGGGGUCCUGGUUGAUGAGUUUCAUGGGAUCCCUGUCUGAGACUUUGACUGUUCUGACACUGUCCUUUUGUGAAAACACAGAAAUCCCACACUUUUUUUGUGAUCUCCCUGAAGUCCUGAAGCUUGCAUGUUCUGAUACCUUCACCAAUAACUUAGUGGUGUAUUCUGUGACCAUCAUCCUAGCUAUUUUUCCUCUUAGUGGAAUUCUUUUCUCUUAUUCUCAGAUUUUCUUCUCCAUACUGAGAAUCUCAUCUGCAGGGGGCAAAUACAAAGCCUUUUCCACCUGUGCAUCUCACCUCUUGGUGGUCUCCUUGUUCUAUGGCACAGGUCUUGGGGUUUACCUCAGCUCUGUAGCCACACCAUCCUCUAAGAUGAGUCUGAUCGCCUCAGUGGUGUACACCAUGGUCACCCCCAUGCUGAAUCCCUUCAUCUACAGUCUGAGGAACAGGGACAUGAAGGGUGCUCUGGGGAGACUCCUUGGCAAGAUGGGGCUUCUCAGUGAACAGGACAUAGCAGGACUCUGA